AUGGAUAUAUACAAUAAAGCAUUAAGAAAUCCUGAUCCUCCAAGGAAACAUUCAACUGGUACCAAUACUAGUACAACUCAAGCAACUAACAAUUCAUCACCUUAUUCAAAUCCAAAUAUAAAUUCAAGAAAUCCAAGUAUAAUAUCUAAUCAAUCACAAAUUCCACAUUUUACAACAUCAUUACCUUCAUUAAAUCAACAACAACAACAACAACAACCAUCAACUUCAACUUUACAACCAAUACAAUCUAUAUUACCAAUUCAACAACAAAAUCAAUUAUUACAACAACAACAACAGCUACAUCAACCAUCCAUGUCCCUACCACCUCCAAAUCAACUUCAACCUCCUCCUCCUCCACCACCUCAUUAUUUACAACAACAACAACAACAACAACAUUUAAUGCCUAAUCCAAAUUAUAUAGCGUCAGCAAUACAUCAAUCAACUACUCCUCCAACUAAUAUUUAUCAACAACAACAAUUAGAUAGAUCGCCAUUAUCACCCAAUUUAAGCCAACAACACUCACAAGAAUUAAAAGAAUCAUCAGCAGCAGCAGCAGCAAGAAAAAAGAAAAAUCUGAGAAGAAAACAUAGGAACUCACAUUUAGGUUGUGGAACAUGUAAAAAAAGAAGAAUAAAAUGUGAUGAAACUUUACCAUCAUGUUUAAAUUGUUUAAAAGGUAAAUUACAUUGUGCUUAUUUAAAUUUAGAUAAUAAUGCAAGAUCUGCUUUAAGAAUGGCUCAAUAUAAUCAAAAUAUAAGACAAGAAAAAAUUGAAGUUAAUAAAUCAAUGGAUGAUCCAAAUAAUCAAUUACAACAACCCCCUCAAGGAUUGGGGAUAAAUCAACAACAUCCAAAUUUAAGUCCAAGAUUAUCAAUAUUACAGCAACAACAACAACAACAACAACAACAACAGCAGCAGCAACAACAACAACAUCCACAACAGCAACCACAAUUACAAACUAUACAAACCGCAAAUGGUCCAAUGGUCACUUUACCAGGUGGUUCAAUUAUUCCUGCAGGGUUUCCAGCAACUAAUGGUGUUGGUGCACCAUCAAUAAGUCCAUCAUUUAUGAGUCAACCAGCUCCACCAAAUCAACAACCACAAAUUGUUCAAUCCGCUUAUGGUCCACUAGUUCCAAUAAUGACAAAUAAUGGUACUAUAGUUUAUGCUCCAACAUCUUCUUUAUCAACUCAACCUGCACCACCUCAAGUUUUACAACAACAACCAUCAAUAAUACAACAACAACCUCCACAACAACAACAACAACAACAACAGCCACAAAUACAACAAAUUCCUCCACAUCAACCACCACAAAAACAACCAUCAUUAACUCCAAUAACUUCGACAGCAGCAAGUGCAGCAGUGAUGGCAUCUCAAAAUAUACCAAUAAAACAAAUUCAACAACAACAACAACAACCAAAAGCACAAGAAGAAAUCAAAAGAUCAUCAAUAGCGUCAAUAUCAUCACCACCAACAAAUAAUGAUCAAAAACUACCAUCUUUACCUAUCCCAAUCCCACAAAUUAAUAUACAACAAACUCCAACAAUAACAUCACAACCUUCAUCAUUACCAAAUAGUUUAAAAAGUUUAACAUCACCAAAAUUAAAAAAUGGUGGUGGAUUUUCACCAACUAAUACAGCAACUACAUCAACAUCACCAAUCUUACCAAAUAUUUCACAAUUCACAAAUAAAACUCAUGAAAUAGAUGAUAAAUUACCAAGACAAGAAUCAGUUACAAAUAUAAGUUCAUUAAGUAUAAAAGAGCAGGAACAACAAAAUUUACUUAAACAAGAGAAGCAAAAAAGUGAAGAAAAAGAAGAAAACAAACUUAGUGAUUCAAAAACUGAAACAAAAGAUAUUAAGUUACCAUCUAUUAGCAAUUUAAAAACUGGUACUGGUAAUAAUGAAGAAGAAAAAGUUUCGAUUUCAAAAUUAAUUACUUAA